AUUAGCUAAAGACACUUGUUGCCGCCUUUGUCUCUUCACCUCUAGCCUAGACGACGGGAACUUACUCUUCCUCCGAUGGCGCCGCGUCUUUUAUCCUGUUUCGGCGUCAGAGGAUCCUCAACUUCCACCACCGGAAAAGGAAUAUCCGGACACAACGCUGCCGUCGUGGCUGCGGAUGUUCCCGCCGGUGACGGACCUGUUCUCGUUCAGCUCUUCUCGUCUCAAGGAUGUAAGACUUCUCCUGAGGCCGAGAUGCUUGUGUCGCGUCUUGGCCGUGGAGAUUUCGACGGUCAGAUCCGUCGUGAAGGUGGAUCUGGUUCUCCGGCGAUGAUUCUUGUUUUCCACGUUGAUUAUUGGGAUUACAUGGGGUGGAAGGAUCCGUAUGGAUCGAGCCAAUGGACGGUGAGGCAAAAGGCUUACAUCGAGGCGUUGAAUCAAGAUACGAUGUUUACUCCGCAGUUUGUGGUUCAAGGUCGCGUCCAGUUCCUUGGCAAUGAGGAAGAGAUUCUGCUCAAGUCCAUCGUCGAAGCACCUAGGUUUCCUUCUCCGGCGUUUCAGGUGACUACUUACAUAACAUUGCCAUGUUGA